AGCGGAGUAUCAUUAUUUCAUUGUGAUCUGCAAAUACAAUAGCGAAUAUUAGUCAGUACCUAAGCGUGCAAUUAUGGCAGAUGCCAUUCUAGAAGAAGAAGAAGAAGCAGAUAAUGUGCAAGUACAAGAAGGCGUAAAAGUACCAUAUAUAUCCUUUGAGGUGAAUAUUUUUGUAUAUUAGAAAAAACGGACACCAAAAUUAAGGCAAAAUGCAAAAUUUGUAUGGAUGGAAAAGGUUCUUUGUCUGACGAUAUCCGGUCAACCGGAAAUUUUAUCAGACAUUUAAAGCAAAUGCAUGAGUGGCACUACAAAAAAUAUUUGAAUCAUAAGAAUGAUCUAAAGAUACAAAUGAAAACGUCAAAACACAAAGAUCACUCCCAAUCCAGUGUAAAGGCAUGGAUAAAAGGUUUCCAUUCUGCAGUAUCAAAAAUAAAGCUAUUGCAGUUGGUGGCAUCUUACAUUAUAGAAGAAAUGAGACCUGUGGUUACUGUAGAAAAGCCAGCAUUUAGAAGCCUCCAGCAUUUUGACACCUCCAAGUGGACAGGCUGUAACUAAUUACUGCAUUGAGUUAGAGGAAUCAAA